CCCGACUCUUUUCCGUGAUGUGCCCAUAUUCGAGCUUCUGGCUGACGUACCUCGUUCGUGAGUGGGAGUGACGUUGUGAGUCUGUGUGUAGUGGUGUCUGGCUGCUGGCUUGCUGUGUUGACGGUCGGGCUGGCACAGCACAACGAAGAGACGGCGUUAGCGAUACGCUGAGGCGAAGGAUAAUGGAGAGAUAGACUAAAAAUAUAUAUUCAUACAAAGCAAGGAUUAUAGAUGAUAUUUACAUAUUUUAAUUUUGUGUAGAUGAAAUUAAACCGGCGAGAGAGACUAUAACCAGGACGUUAUACUGUGGGUGGAAAAACGAGUGAACUGGUCUAUUUCCAUUGGGGGUAUUACAAAUAUGCAAUCGAGGAACAGCGCUGCGUCGUCAGAGCUUUUUAGGUGUACAUAAGAGACAGCGAGAGAGCAAAAAACAAGCGAAAAAAACAGAUAGCGUUGUGUAUUUUAAUACUAUUAUUAUCUCGACUGUAACGUUAUAUAUUUUAUUUAUAAAGGCACAAAUUAAAGGCGCAUUUUCUAUUUCGCUGUUAUUUUUUUUUUUAAUUCGUGGAACCUGUAUUCUUCUCGGCAUAGCAUAUAUCAAGGGUUAGGAAAAUCUGAUAAAUAAUACAGCUGCAGUGAGCAGACAGGCAGUCCAGGGAAACUAAGGUAUGGUUGUGAAUGUCAUUAACACAACAUAGGCGAGCCAGUGGAAGCGACUGUGAGAGAGAGAGCAGAGCGAGUGUAGUGUGAGCAGCGUCCUGUCAGGAGGGAAGGACUGAGCAGAGCUGGCGACUGUCAGGAUAUAUCAGCAACCACGCCAACGCAGACGGGAGUUUGGAAAUCAGCGAAGUCCAGACACAUUGCAGCAGAGAGAGAGCCGGGCAGAAGAAUUAAUUAGGACUGCUACGAGAACUCGGGAUUCCACACUGGCAAUUGAGCAAACCAGGCUGUGUCAUUAAUCAGCCAUAGACACAUCACCCUCCUCUACUGCUACCAGUACUGCGGGGACUGAUUUAGGUUUGAAUGUGGACGGUCGGACAAUUUUAAAUUGGAUUACCAGAGGUGCUGUCAUCAUCAUAAUUAUUGCUAAGCCACAUUGGAUUUUCCCGUUUCUUCUCGGUACUGUUUUUAUUGCCCGCUUAUAACACGAUCUACUUCUUUCCAGUCAACCGACUGGAGUAAAAGGCUCAAAAGGUCGGUGUUGUUGUUUGCAGUAUGUGUAUUCGAGCUGUCUGGUAUCGCCCUGAAGUGGAACUAGCCACACGAUUUGGAUGUCCGAUGUGUUGAAGAUAACCUUGACCAGGAGGAAACAAUGGCCAGCACACAACUUUAAAAACCCUUUUCUCACGAAGCACCAUUUCUUAAAGGAGCGAUGAAGAAGCUGAGUAGGGAGAGAAUGGAGGACACUCCUAUUAAGAAAAGGCUUGUUGCAGAAAUGCAUCGGAAUGGCAGAACAACAGAGGGGGUCCCUAAAACCCCCAAAAUAAAGAAAGAAAUUGUGGAAGACACUGGGGAAGCAGAGUCCAAUGAGUGUGGCAAGCAGGUUCCGAUUCCUGGGGCAAAGCCUUUGGAUCUGAGCCCAGGAUUGAAGCACACCCUGGCCCAGUUCCACAUCAGCAGCCAGGUUUCCUUGGGUGGACCAGCAACAUUUUCGGCUCGAAAUACCCAAGAAUGCAUGUCCCCCGGCGUCUUCAUGCCACUUGCAUCACCAACGGCUUUGCCAGGCCCCCUGCUUAUUCCUUCUGACACUUCCACUGAGCUUACUCAUUCCCUACUGGAGGGGGAAUCCAUUUCCUGUUUCAUGGUUGGCGGUGAGAAUAGACUGUGUCUCCCUCAGGUCCUUAAUUCGGUUCUGCGUGACUUUUCCCUACAGCAGAUUAACACCGUCUGUGAUGAGCUGUACAUCUACUGUUCAAGGUGUAACGCUGACCAGCUUCACAUCUUGAAAGUGCUGGGCAUCCUGCCAUUCAGUGCACCUUCCUGUGGACUCAUCACGCUGACGGAUGCUCAGAGACUGUGCAAUACUUUAUUGCGCCCAGGCACACUUAUGCAGAAUACCAGCAAGCAUGCAAGCAAGAGCACAUUGACUCAACUGAAAGAGACCGACUCAAACUUCAAGGUAGAGCAUGAAUGCUUGGGCAAGUGUCAGGGCUUGUUUGUGAUGCAGUUAUACACACAGCCUAAUGCCACUUGCAUCCAGUGCCUGGAGUGCCAGCUGAUGUUUUCUCCCCAGAAGUUUGUGAUGCAUUCCCAUAAGUCACCUGACAAGAGGACCUGUCACUGGGGCUUCGACUCGGCCAAGUGGCACUGCUAUCUCCAGCUUGGGAAAAAGUAUUACAAUACUCCAGAGGAGAAGCAGCUGAAGCAGCGGCUUGAAGAAAUCAAGGAGAAGUUCAGCUUCCAACAGAAAAGGACAUUUGAAAAGAAGGACCAUUGUGAAGAUUUCCAGGUGAAAAAGGCACGCUACAACCUCUCAAAUCUACAGGGCAAGCUACCAGACAAUGACUCGGUCAAAAAGCCUGAACCCCAGCAGGAAGUGCUGUUCGAGCACUGGCAUGCAGACAUCAAGCAGGACCCAGAUCAGGAUUCUGUCGUCCAUCCAAGCUACUACCUAUACAUGUAUGAUAAAGUAGUGGCCCCCAAUGUCUCGCUGCGUGCCUCCUUGACCCACGGCCGUGACUCUGGUAGAGCUGCAGAGGGAAGUGAGGAGGUGCUUGGUGCCCUGCUGAGGCACCAUUACCACGAAGGCGAGAAGGCUUCAUCCUGCUCUGAAGGAUCGCUUGAUGAAGAGGAAGAAUCUCAGAGAAUGGCAAAAUCAGUUGGUGCCAUAGAUCUCCACACUAGAAGUUGUUCUGCAGAUCAAGUGAAAUCCGAACAUGUCGGUGAGCAUGGCCCCUUGGCUGUUGCCAUGGAAACCAACCCGAGUGAGAACGCCUACUUGCCUUUCAUUAAGGACAUCAGCUCGGAGGAUGACAAGGACAAAAUCGUGGUGGAAAUUGUGCAGAUGUACACUAAACAGCAAGAGAGGCUCAACGCCACCCUGGAAAAGAAAACACAGUUGCAAAUGGAGCUGGAUCUGUUACGCAGCCCCAGCAGGUCUCCUCGGCUGAAGGAGCUGUCGGAGCAGUGCGAGCUGCAGCAGGAGCUGGAGUUGGUGCAGAGCGAGCAGACGAGCAGGCUGGAGGAGCUCAGAGAGGAGCAGAUAGAGCUGGAGUGGAGGCUGGAGCAGCUGAGACAGCAGGGCUGUGCAUGUGACCGCUCCUCUGAGAGGGACCGGGAGGCACAGUACGCAGCACAGCUGUCGGAGCUGCGUCAGAGGCUGGAUCAGGCUGAGGCUGAUCGCCAGGAGCUGCAGGAAGAUCUGCAGAAGGAGCGGGAGGCCCGGGAGAAACUGGAGAAGAUGAUUACUGAGAUGAAGCUGCAGAUCUCUGAGAAAAAUAACCAGGAGGCGAAGGUAAAAACCAAGAAGAAAUAAACAACCGUUACUGGAGGGGGAAAGAAAUACAAGGAGAUCUUUAAAAAAAAAAAACAAAAAAAAAAACACACACACACAAAAAAGCCUUGCUGACUUUUUCUUUUUCUUUUUUUUUAUGGACAAAAUGUUAAAAUGGAGAGCUGUAUUAAUAGCAAAUGUAUGCCUAGUUUGAAAAACAAGAGAUGUUUUUUAGGUUUUACUUGCAAGGAUUGUGACUUUUCAAAAGCAGUAGGAUUUGGUUUUUGGCUUACUAAACAACAUUGUUUUUUUAAUUUUCAAACACUGCUUUGGACUCGGCAGCGCAGGAAUUAUAGGUCUUUGUUCACGAGCUGAACAUUGCCUGGUUUAGGAGUUUCAUAUAAGCAGUAGCUCCUAUGAGUGAAUUAGGAAACAAGCUGACCUCAUUAUGAAGAGGACCAGGAACCUGCUACUGUGGAUCUACAUUGGGCACAUAACCAAGAACAACUAACCUGAACUACUUAGUCACUUGUAAAUGGGUAACCAAACCAACUACUAGAAAAACAAAGAUGCAUUUCACCAAUAUUCAGCUUAUACUACCUUAAAUACUGAGCCACUUGUUGAACAACAGUGUGUGUGUGCGUGUUUAUUAUACUAUUGUACAUACUGCAGUGGUUCUUGCUAAACCUCAUCUGAAACUGUGAAGCAUGGAAAGCUUUAUUUUGUGUAAUAGGUGUCUCGUGUAAAUAAGGUUUUUCAUACGAAACUUUUCCAUUUUUUUUUUUUUGUCAAACCUCCUUUGGCAUUCACAGACUUCCCAAUAUUACCCUACAGUUCUCAGCUUUGCUGUGCUCCUUUUUGUAAUACCGUGUAUCCCCAUUGGACUCAUUGUCUGUAUCGAUUGGUUAGAACACCUUAUUAUCCAAAGGAAUUGUCUUCCAAUUGUUAUGAUUGUUAAGGUUUAAUGACACACAGUUAAUCAUUUAAGAUGUGUGGCUCAGCAGACUUGCAGGAGUCACAUCAGGACACGUGGAAGAGAACUCGAAGAAACUGAUGGCAAAUCCGCCACAGGUCAGCAUAAAGCAUGUUCAUUCCUUUUGUUUUGAGAUGUGGGACAGAGCUUGAAUUUAACAUUCUGCACUUGGGCGACUGUAAUUCAUUCCGCAUACCAAUUCCUAGCCUGUCUAAAAGACAAAGUGUUCAGUUGUGAUAAGAGUUCUGGUGGUGAGGAUAUCUGUCCAGUGUGAAAUGGACAGACUGUCAAAACUCAUUACAGAUCCUGACUUUUGCUAGUCAUUGAUCUAGUUAUCUGGAAUAAAAGAGCUUCAUACCCUGUUCCCAAUUCAUUAUACCAUGCAUUGGUUUCAGAUCUAUUCAGAAAAAUGAUCAGAAGUAGAAUUGCAGUGCUGUUAAGUAAUAGUUAAGAUGAUUUGCUUUAAAAUAACAAACUGAUAACAAUUAUGAUAAUGUAUUUAUUAGUGUAAAAUAUAUUUUAUAAUUUAUUGUUUUGUUUUUAUGUUUAAAAAAAGAGAACAAAACUAAAUAUAGAGUUGCAGUUUGUAUUUGAUUCGUUCUUUAACUACAAGUAUAUACAAGCAUACUGAGAUUGUAGGGGUAGAACAACAAAAAAAGAUUGAUUUUAAUUUUGUUUGUAACUUUUUGCAGUAAUAAUGAAAGAAUAAUACCUUGCUGAUUUGAAAUGCUUUAAAAUGUAUUUUUCAGCGUCUUGUGAUGCAAACUGAAUUGCAGUAAUCUAUCGCACCUGAAUUGAUGCCAUUUAGCCAGAUGACCACAGUAGUUUUGUUUGGCUGACUGGUUGAUUCCACCCCCCUGAGCUUUUUCAAGUGUGAAAUUGCUUGGUGUCCUCGGCACAGGUGGCCUGCUGAGAUAAUACUGGGAAGUCCUAGCGAGUGCAAGAGGAAAAGAAUGGUUUGAUUUAAAAAAAAGACACUGAACAAAGAAAAUUGUCUGAACGUCUAAAUUGGAACGUCUAAGCUCUUACUUUGUAUUCCUAAACGUCUCGAUUUUAACUUCAAAUGGAAAUGGGUUUGAGGUAAAACUGUCAUAGUUUUGGUUUAAACACACUGAAGCCAUCAAGUCCCACUUAUUUGAAACCAAGAAAAUAAAGGCAUGUUUUGAGUUUUCUGACAUUCUGAGGUUGUCAUAUUGUGUGUGCGAGCACCGGUUGCUCUAAUUCAGUAAUCUGAUUAGUUUUUAACACAUUUUCAUCUUGAUUCUUUCACAGUUUUACCUCAGAAUGUAUGACAGUGUGUAGACAGUGUGGACUCACUGUUGCAGACAUGGAGAUUGGGUUCAGCUUCAUUUAAAUGGUCACUGGUGCCUAAGGUUCCUUACAUACUAAACUGCAUUCGAACAUACUAAACUGCAUUCCAUGCAUACAUGGAUAUGUCUAAAAAAAACAAGAGAUGCUGAGCCAAAAAUAGACACAAUAAUUAGAUUUUUAUAAAUGCAUGCUCCAGUCUGUGUGAAAUGCAUUUUCUAAUUUAAUGAUAGUAUCAGCUUUCUCUUGUCCUAUUGAGUACUGAGUAUGGUUAAAAUUACACAUGUAAAUAUGUAGAAUACAAGAAAAAAAAAAACAUAGCCCAGCCCAAGUGAAUGAUUAACUUUGGGUAUGCAUCUGCAAUAAAAACAAAACCAUACAUUCCUUUAUGUUAAAAUUCUUAAUGAUACAUAUAUGAAAAGAAAAUAUAUAUAGAAUAUAUAAUUAUCUGAAACUGAGGAUUUUUGUUUUGUUUGUUUUUAAUUUGCGGCCACAAAAUAUAUUUGAUAUAUUAUAUUGGUCUCAAACACUAGAGCGCAACCUUGUUUUUUUGUUUUUGUCAUAUGGAAAAUCAUGUAAUGUUUUUAAUUGAAAAAAUAAAAAUGUCAUGUAGUUGGCUCAGUCAAAAGGCAUAUAUUGUUUUUUUUUUUAUUACUAUAUUAACAAAUAUGUAUUGUAUUGACUCAGUAAGGUUUAUAUUCCCUAUAAUGUACUUAUUCUUCUUAUAAUUAUUAUAUUAACACAGAUAAUCUUAUAAAGGUUCAUUCAAGUAGUACCAGUCCAGCAAAAAGUUGUGGGUGGAAAUAAAACACAAAAAAGGAAUACAAAUCAAAACUUUUGUAAAGGAAUUGCAGACUGCAGGACUACAGAGUCUGUUUACUUCCACAAAGUUGCACUGUAAGUGUUUUUGAUUUGAGUUAUGUAUACCAAGGCUAGACUGUCAGCUGGCACAAAAUGAGUUGCGUUUUGUUUUAAGCAAAGUAUAGUGUACCCAAGGGCUGUCUAAACUAUGGCUCUUCAGCCAUAAAUAUCCAUAACAUUUUUUUUUAUUUCUUUUAUUUUUAUUUAUUGCAUUUAUAUAGCGUUUUUUAUACAAAAGUAUUGCAAAGCACUGUACAGUACAUAGCAGAAAAAAGAACAAACCACAAUACAUUUGUAUAGCAUGUCACACACAUAACUGCUACAAUCAGACCAUUUAAAUAACAGUAUACACUAUACAAAAGCCGCAGAUUUUAAAGUUACAUUAAAACCCACAAAGAAUUUAUAAAAGUGUGUUUUAGUCUUGACUUGAAAACUGUAACAGUCCCAGCUUCCCUGACAAACGAAGGCAGAGCAUUCUAUAAUUUAGGAGCUCUACAAGAAAAAGCCCUACCUCCCGUGUUGCUUUUGUUGACCCUUGGAAUAACCAGCAGCAUUUAAGUCUCUCGUGUAACCUCAUACCUGUAGUUAUUUUAACCAUUACAAAUUACAUGAAUAGAAUGAAGGCAGCCAUGCACAAGAGAAAUCCUCGGAAUUUGAAUGAACUGGAACAAUUUUGCUUUGAAGAAUGGUCAGAAAUCACUAAAGAAUCAUGCCAAAAGCUCACUGACAAAUAUCCUAAUUGUCUAAAAGAGGUUAUUGUUGCUAAAGGUGCCUCAACUAGAUAUUAAUUUCAUUUUCCUUGUCAGGGUAUGAAUACUUUUAAAUUUAGCAUUUUUAGAGUUUUGCAAAGAAAUUGCUGAAAUAAAUAAUUGUAGACAUCUAUUUUUUGUAACUUAUUUCCUCAUCCACAAAAGCAAAACUUUUGCUACAAAAGAUGUUUCCUAUAAUCUGUUUAAGAAAUUUCUAGAAAUUAUAAAUUCCCAUUGGGGUAUGUAAACUGUUGACUACAACUGUGUUUGUGUCAUAUAUAUAUAUAUAUAUAUAUAUAUAUAUAUAAUGUGCCAAAAAAGCUUGGACAGCUCUUUAAUAAAAUCAGGCUUAAGUUCCACAUUUUUGUAACUAUAUAUGGGUAUUUGAAUUUAUAAAUAGAGGCUUAUACCUCAAAAAAUGUUAAGUUCCGAUGAUGGGUUGCAUUCCUACACAAACGAUUGAGUGUGUGUGUGUGUGUAUAUAUAUAUAUAUUAUUACAAGGCACACUAUUUCGAACAGUCUCCUAGAAGCACAGUUAAGGCCAGCAAUAGAAUGGUAUUGCUAUGUAUGAAAAGUCUGUGUCAAUCUGUUGAUACACCAGAACAGCUUUCUGUCAGAUUACAGAUUUGCACUGUGAUUUGUAUCAUUGAAGUGUAGGUAGUAUAUUAUAAGUAAUAAAAUGGCCUGCAACGUUAAUGCAUUUAUUUUUAUUAUUAUUAUUAUUAUUAUUAUUAUUAUUAUUAUUAUUAUUUCAAUACAUUGUGUAAAACCAUGCUAGAUUUUUUUUUUUUUAUGUAAAUGUAACUGGCAAUAAUAAACAGUGUUACAUCUAGCCUGGUAAUCACGACUUCUCACAGUUUAGCAGUAAGUGUAUGGAGCUGCAUUGUUUUUCCUCUGCAGUACUGUGUAAUGUUCAAACACUGCAGUGGUAUUUUUUAAGUAAAACGGCUGUUUGGACACUAGAGGGCGCUUUUGAUCUAAUUUUUAGAAUUGGUUAAAUAGAUCAAAGCAGGACAGCUACUUCUUCUAUCUUCCUGAUGAUAGCGCCCACUAAGUAAAGCACAGCCCACAGUUGCACCUGCAUUGCUAGAAACAGAUACAGGUGUUUAUUUGUCUCUGUCUUUUUUAAAUUACUCCAGUUUUCUUCUUGAUUGGUAUUUGCCUUGAGAAUAUAAAGUAAUCUUUUUGUUUCAGAUCAUUUUGAAUUACAAAAAAUGCAGCAGUCUCAAAUUCUAUUGCAAGAUGUCCUUAACUGUGUUAUAUUAUGUCCAGUGCAUUGGGCAUUUAAUAAAGUGGUCAACAUAGUGUAUUUUUGAUCAAUUAUAGAUGUUAAAGUGAUUAUAAUAAGAUGUGCUUGAAUUCUAUUCAUUUUAUCCUCAUAUAGUGCGUUUUUCUUUAAAGACAUUUUAUUUCUACUGAAUAAUUCCAACCUUUUGGGUGAUUUCAGGCAGCUUUUUUGUUGUAGUUUUAGACUCAUGCAAAAUCUGAAUUAUGUCCUUUAUCAGCAGGCAGAUAUUAUACGUUUAACAAUGUAAUAGAUGAAUUACUGCCAGAAAUGUGAAAAACUACUGUAACACCAGCAUCACAAGAUCAAGUUGUUUUUCUAAAAGGGUUUUAUAUAGAAGCUAGGCUUAAAAUUCACAACGACUUCUGCAAACACGGAUAUGUCUUCAUUAACUAAUUUAACUGUUAGCACUCCAGUCACUAUGUGAAAACUAGAGUCAGAUAUUAAAUAGUACUAAAAGGUUUACUUUUUUUGUGUGUGUAUGGAAUCAAUUUUCAAGUCUUUUUCCUCCAAAAUGUAAGUUACUCAAUUUUGUCCAAAUGCUAAAGGCACAAAACUGGAAAUAAAACCAUAAUUUCUGAGUAAGCUAAAGAUUUGAGAAUCGCCCCUUGUUUUUUUGUUUUAUAAUAUUUCUCAAUUUAAUUUUUCUUGGCACAAAGGUUUGUUUUCAAACUUAAAAAUGUAACUAUAAGAAAAAUAAACUGUUGGUAUGAUUUCAUUAUGGCUUUGUAAAUGUGUGUUUUUUUUUUUGAUUUUGCUGUUAAUACUCAAAUACGAAAUAGUGUCUAUAUAUAAUUAUUGCAUAUAACCUUACUAAUGUUGCCAAUAAUAUACAGCGUGAUGAAACAAAUGUUCUGGCAUUGCAUGAACCAAGACACUGUCCUCUACCUCAUGUGAUAAAAAAAAUAAUAAUAAUUACGCAAACGACACCGAUCUCUCUCUAGCCAUCUUAAUGGAUGAUAUUUAAUAGAAUAUGUCAUGCUUUCAGCUUAUACCUCAAUUGUAUUUUGUGUGUGUGUGUUUUCAUUUUUCACUCUUGUAAAUACCCUGUAUAGACAAUGAACUUGGAUCAAAUUCAAGUAAAGUUCUGUAGUGUCAA